CGUGCUGAGCUGACUCAGUGCUGAUGGAGGAACAGCUCAGCCCUGGGGGGGUCCGUCUGUCCGUCUGCCCCCCACAGCCCCACGCUGGGACUCUUCAUCCCCAUCUGGGGCAGAGGAGGAGGGCGGGGGGCGACUGCAGUGUGUGACCCCCAUGGGGCAGUGAGUGAAGGAAGGCGGGCAGCAAAACCGCUGCCUGCUCCCCCCAGGGCCGCUACCUGGACCCCCAUCUCUGCACCCCCCGGGGCGCCCCGACUCCCCCCUGCUCAGCAGUGACCCCAGGCCGUGGCGGUGGUUCCCCUCUAUGGGGUGACUCAGCCCUCACCCCACAGCAGCAUCAUGUGAAAGCAUUGGGGGGGGGGCUGCCCCCCCUUCCCCUCGGUCUCCUCCCUCCCUCCGCUGCCGUUCGCUUCCACUGCCAACAUUUUCCAGCUGCCUCCACUUCCUCAAUCCGACGCCAUAAAAGAGCCAACGAAGCAGCAGCAGCUCCGUCCUGUCUGCACUGAGCUUCCAUCCCUGGCAGAGCGAUGCUGCGGCCCGCGCUGCUGGCGCUGCUGCUCCCCAUGGCCGUGGCACAGCUGCGCCCCAAGCCGGAGCUGGACGCCCAAUGGGACUUAUGGAAGAGAAAGCACAGCAAGCAGUACAACGGCAAGGAGGAUGAAAUAUCCCGGAGAUUGAUUUGGGAGAAAAACCUGCGCUACAUCAACGCCCACAACGCAGAGCACGCGCUGGGAAGGCAUUCCUUCCAGCUGGCCAUGAACCACCUGGGGGAUUUGACCAGUGAGGAGGUGGUGAGGACGAUGACGGGGCUGAGGGUCCCCCGCAGCCACCCGCGCCCCAAUGGCACCCUGUACGUCCCCGACUGGAGCAGCAGAGCCCCACCGGCUGUGGAUUGGAGGCGGAAGGGCUACGUGACCCCCGUUAAGAACCAGGGGCAGUGCGGUUCGUGUUGGGCUUUCAGCUCGGUGGGAGCUCUGGAAGGGCAGCUGAAGCGUCGGACGGGGAAACUGCUUUCGCUCAGCCCCCAGAACCUGGUGGACUGCGUCUCCAACAACAAUGGCUGCGGCGGGGGCUACAUGACCAACGCCUUCGAGUACGUCCGGCAGAACCGCGGCAUCGACUCGGAGGACGCGUACCCCUACAUCGGGCAGGAUGAGAGCUGCAUGUACAGCCCCACCGGGAAGGCGGCCAAAUGUCGCGGCUAUCGGGAGAUCCCCGAAGGCAACGAGAAAGCUCUGAAGCGUGCUGUGGCCAGGAUCGGGCCCGUGUCGGUGGGCAUCGAUGCCAGCCUGCCCUCCUUCCAGUUCUACAGCCGUGGGGUGUACUACGACACGAGCUGCAACGCAGAGAACAUCAACCACGCGGUGCUGGCGGUGGGGUACGGCGCGCAGAAGGGCACCAAGCACUGGAUCCUCAAGAACAGCUGGGGCACGGAAUGGGGCAAUAAGGGCUACGUGCUGCUGGCCCGCAAUAUGAACAACGCCUGCGGCAUCGCCAACCUCGCCAGCUUCCCCAAAAUGUGAGCGGCGCCAGCGUCCGUCUGCAGGAGUGGGGCUGGGGGGCUGGAACCCCCCCCCAAAGUGCAUCUCAUCUCUGCGUCCCUUGGGGGAUGCGGAGGGCGAUGGGGUUUUGUUUUUCAAAUAAAAGUGGUUGGGGAGAAAG